UUACAAUGAAUGCUAUUAUGAUUUUAUCCGAAAAAUGGCCGCUUCUUACAGUUGGGAUUGGGGGCCGGCAUUUCCCACACAAGGCAUAUGGAAACCCAUUGGCAUCGAGGCGUACGAUAAGGCAGUCCUCCGGGACGUAAUGGUAGACACAAAACCCGACCCUAAAAAUAGCUCUCAAUGGGUGCUGACAGUCAGUACGUACGUGGAGUCGGCAUCACUGAAACAAAUCGACACAAUACUCGACAUCUCAUUGGACGACAAAAUCUUAGUUUCAAAACAGAAACAC